CCCCUCUGUAGUCAUUCAGUAUCGAACUGUUGCCAAUAUAUUAUCAACAGUACACACGACCAGAACUCGACAAAAUAUCAACAUGUCUGCUUCAGUACCGUCAUUUGAAAAAUCAUUUAAGGGCAAGAAGUACAUCGUCACCGGUGCCAACGCUGGUAUCGGAGAAUGCAUCACCAACCGCCUGUUGGAUUUGGGCGCACACGUGUUCGCCGUGGGACGUGAUGACAGCAAACUGCCACCUGCCGGACCAAACUUGACCCCUAUCGUUGCCGACGUUGGAGAUUGGGAUUCCUACGACAAGAUCAAGGCUUUGGGACCGGUCGACGGUCUGGUAAACAACGCGGGCGUAGCUUUCAUCGAGCCUUUUUUCGAAACGAAAAAGGACUCGUGGGACUCUACCCUUAACGUGAACUCUAGAGGGAUAGUAAGGUUCAGUCAGGCCGUAGCUAAAAACAUGAUCGACGCAGGAAUCAAAGGAUCCAUCGUGAACGUGUCUUCGACAAUUGCUGAAAGAGCCAUACCAGAACAUGUGGCGUAUUGUGCAUCGAAAGGUGCAGUUAAUCAAGUGACGAGGACAAUGGCCAUCGAAUUGGGUCCAUACGGUAUCCGAACCAACAACGUUAAUCCAACGGUGGUCAUGACCAAAAUGGGAGCCAAGGCAUGGUCCGACCCUGCCAAGUCAGGGCCAAUUUUGGCCAGAAUUCCGUUAGGAAAAUUCGCAGAACCUCAAGAUGUCGCCAACGUCACUCUGUUCUUGUUAAGUGACUUCUCUUCCUACGUUAACGGCGUGUCCAUCCCAGUAGACGGUGGAUUCUUGACUGGUUAGCCUGCUAACGUUUUUAACUGACACGAGUCUAAUUUUGUUCAACGGCUGUUGUUUUUAUACAAUAAAAUACGGAUUUAUAUUGGAUUUUUUUUUAAAUUUGUUUAAAGAUUUAAUUAGUACAUGUUUUACAUUAAGUAAUUAAAUUUGACUUGUUAAAUAUUUUAAUAGCGUGUCCCAACCAAUAGUAAUCAUUAUUGUUUUAUUAUGCUCAAUUAUAAUAUUUUUAUUUUUAUUUUUGUACAUUUGACAGAAAUCAGAAUUAGUAUAGACGUAAUACAGUUAUAUUAUUUUUCGAUUUUAAUAA